UUAUGUACAUAAAAAUUCAGGCCCAAAUCAAAAUUGAGAAGGUUUUCCCCAGUCCUGCUGAUCCAAACGUCGUCCGUUCCGAUUUGCCCCUGCUGUUACAGUAGCCCCCCUCGAACGUCGUGCCACCAACAGCGUUGUUCUCUCUCGAGCUCAGGGUAACCCCUUCUCGAAUCCCAAACCAGUUUAAAGUUACAGAACUUGAAUCAGAAUUAGGGUUUGGAAAUUCUUCGCAUACGUGAAUGUUAUCUACUCCAAUGUCCUCCGAUGAUAUUCUGCACUCCAAUAAUUCGUUUGCCUUUCCAAACAGAUCCUCUAGCGGUGUCAAUGGUAUCAAAUGGGGAGCAUAGUUUGAUGAUUGAAGAAAAUGAGACUGAGUCGAUGCAAAUUGAUCCAGGAAGAAGUCGGUUCCCUUGCUGCAUUGUAUGGUCUCCCCUUCCCUUCAUGUCAUGGUUUUUCCCUUGUAUUGGACACAUUGGAAUAUGUAGAGAGGAUGGAGUCAUAUUGGAUUUUGCCGGGCCUAAUUUCGUUUGCGUCGAUAGUUUUGCGUUCGGUGCCCCAACUCGCUACAUUCAACUGACCAAAGAGCAGUGCCGCACUUUGCUCAACUCCCACACGCAUGACCAUGAAAACGAUCAUAUACAAAAUGGAGCAAGGACGGAGAUAAUAUCUUGGGAUGAUGCACUACGCAAAAGCACGCAAGAGUAUCAACACCAAUCAUACAACAUCUUAACCUGCAACUGCCAUUCUUUUGUGGCAAAUUGUCUGAACAGGUUGAAAUUUGAUGCCGGAGGCUGGAACGUGGUAAACCUGGCUCUUCUUAUUUUCAUCAAGGGAAGAUUCAUAAGUAAACUUGCCAUUCUUAAGACCUAUUUACCUUUUGUCGUGGUAUCUGGCCUUGGGCUUGCAUUUGGAGGAGAAACCUUCCUCACUUAUUUGGCCCUUUUUGUAUUUGUUCUAGUCGGGUGGUUUCUUGUUGGCACUUACUGUUUCAGAAAGUUGAUCUACGUGUAGCUUAUGUAGUCUGUACCAUCUUUGGCUCUAGCUGGUUUUACAUCGUUCAUUUGACAUAUUAUACUAAAACUAGUAAAAUACUUGAAAAUGUCAAUUUUUUUUGGUAAGCAUGUACUCUUUUGUGUACAUUUGCAUUUGUGAAAUUCCAAUUGAGCAGAUUGGACGCUUUUGCGAUGUGCAGUUUCAACUUAAGAGAUGCGUAGUAUGAUGUGAUGUUACAUUGUAAUGAAAUAACGAACAUCAAGUAAUAGUUGUUGUAUACGAAUGAAUGGUGUGAAGAUUUUUUUUUUUUUUUUU